AUGACACCCACACGCCAUGACGAGCCGCACCCUGCGCCCAUCGCCUCGCCCACCCCGGCGAAGAGGCGCCGCGAGCCGGAUCCGCGCUGGGCGGAGGCCAACGCGCGGCACACCCUCGUCGCGCCCGCCAUCGAGCGGUUCCUGGCCGCCCUCGCGCCCCUGCUAGAGGAUGCCCCGCCGCUCGAGCCCCACCAGCUCUGGAUCGGGUCGGACGCCCAGGCCAGCGGGCUGCUGUGCCAGCCUGCCCCCCUCCUGGCCCCCCUGGGCACCGGGCCCGACUGGGUGGCCAUGGCGGGGCUCCGCCGCGUCCUGCGCCCCAAAUUCUCCUGCGCCGCCUCGAGCGGCGUGGGGCAGGGGCUGCCUGCGGAGCGGGACCUGUUUGGCACCCUUCUCGUUAACGCCAGCGACGCGGUCGUGGUGGCCCGGGCCGCCGAGCACACCGUGCUGCUCCCUGCGCGCGCCUCUUUCCUCCUGUCUGACGUCAAGGAGCUGGGGCCCCUGCUACAGGGAGGGCCCCGCUUCAGCGUGAAGCGGGGGCGCCACUACCACACCCUGCCCGGCUGGAACCUGCUGGGCCUGCCGCUGCAGGGACUCCUGCGGCCCGAGGCGGGGGGCGGCGCCGUCGUGGCGCUGUGGGUGACCAAUCGCGAGCGGCUGCGCCGCUUCGUGGAAACGGAGCUGCUGCCCGCCUGGGGCCUGCGCCACGUUGCCACCUGGCACUGGCUGAAGCUGACCCCGGGGGGCUGCCCCGUCAGCGCCAUGGGCUCCAACCAUCGCCGCCCCUACGAGCCCCUGCUCAUCUGCCGUGCGGCAGGGCAGGGCAUGUCGGUGCCCCCCCCCGCGGGCGAAGGCACGAAGCACCUGGAUGGCCGCGUCUUUGCCUCGGUGCCGGGGCAACACUCCAGGAAACCCCACCUGGGGCACCAGCUGAGGGAGCUUGUGGCCGGGGGAGGCGAGUGCCUUGAGAUGUUUGCGCGAGAGCUGUUCCCCGGCUGGGUGUCUUGGGGGAAUGAGGUGCUGAAGUACCAGGGUACUGGACGAGCGAGGGGCAGACGGCUGGGACGCAGGCCGCUAGCCGCUCCUCGCAGCCCUCCGCCUGCGCUGGACUAA